UCCUCUUUUCGCGGAGCGAUCCCCUUCCCCUGUUAAACUUCCCCCACCCAACCCAACCAACUUGUCUCCGUCCUCUAUAAAUAUAUAUCCAAAGGCCGGAGCAAAGCGAAGCGUAUCAAAAUCCUAACCCCAGUUCACCGUUCCCCUCCACCUCACCUCCGAUCGCCAUGGAUCCCGACUCCGAGCUCCAAUUCGACUUCCCCCCCUUCCUCCGCCUCUACAAGAGCGGCCGCGUCGAGCGCCUCGACGGCACCGGAUUCGUCCGCGCCGACGCCGACCCCGAUCCCGCCAUGGGCGUCGUCUCCAAGGACGUCCCCAUCGACCCCGACCGCGGCGUCUCCGCUCGCCUCUACCUCCCCGCCGGCGGCGAGGCGGCGGCGGCGGCGACGGCGAAGCUCCCGAUCGUCGUCUACUUCCACGGCGGCGCCUUCUGCAUCGAGUCGCCCUUCUCCCCGCAGUACCACCGCUACCUCACCUCCCUCGCCGCCGCGGCGGGGGUCGUCGCCGUCUCCGUCCACUACCGCCUCGCCCCCGAGCACCCGCUCCCCGCCGCCUACGACGACGCCUGGGCCGCGCUCAAAUGGGCCGCGUCCAACGCCGCCUCCGGCCCCGAGCCCUGGCUCGCCGCGCGCGGGGACCUCCGCCGCCUCUUCCUCGCCGGCGACAGCGCCGGCGCCAACAUCGCCCACAACAUGGCCGUGCGAGCCGCGGCGAAGGAGGAGGACCUAGGGUUCGCGAUCAAGGGCCUGGUGCUGAUGAACCCGUACUUCUGGGGCAAGGAUCCGGUCGGGGAGGAGACGCGGGACGCGGAGGUGCGGGCGCGGAUGGAGAGCACGUGGGGGUUCGUGUGCGGCGGGAGGUACGGGAUCGAGCACCCCUUCGUAGAUCCGUGGGGGUCGCCACGGGCGUGGAGGGAGCUCGCGAGCGAGCGCGUGCUGGUGACGGUGUCGGAGAUGGACCUCUUCAGAGAGCGUGGAAAAGCGUACGCCGAGGGAUUAGAGAAGAGCGGGUGGAGAGGGGAGGUGCAGGUGUACGAGACCGAGGGGGAGGAUCACGUUUACUACCUCUCUCAGCCCCACUCCAAAAAGGCUCUCAACGAGUUGCAGGUCGUCGCCUCCUUCAUCAAUCGCCCUUGAUGAGUUGAUUCAUUCUCACUCUCAUCAUUAUACUGUUUAAUUUCUUCUUAUUAAUUAGUGUCCUCGUAAUCGUAUAAGCUUCGCUUCGCUUCGCGUAGUGUGGGUGUGUAACGCUUCGUUUUCUCUCAUUUUGAUACUAUCAUUAUUAUUAUUAUUAUCACUAAGCUUCUGUAUUUCUGAUGUAGCAAACUUCGCGAAUGUAUGAAUCCUAAGCAAAGAAUAAUCAAACCUAGAAUAAUUUUCUCUCUUU